AUGGGAAACUGCUUAGCCCCUAACAAGAAAAGGUCCCAAGUCCACGAAUUCCAAGAAGAACACGACAGUAAGGUGAAUUCCGACAAGACGAUGAAAACAGAGGAAACAGAAACAGGGGAUGUUCCUACGAACAGCGACGGAACCGACGUCGGGACGAAAGUGAAGAUAGUUUUGACGAAAGAGGAGCUCGACUGGCUCAUGUACGAGCUCAAGGUGAAAAACAAGAAGCUUGAGGAUGCUCUGGCGGAGAUCGAGAGAAACAGAGCAAUGAAAUCGGCCAGCGUGAACAGCUGCUGGCAGCCUUCUCUGGAGAGCAUUAGUGAGUGCCCUGAAGAUGUUGGAUCAGGGAGAUAUUAUUAG